GCAACCUUCUUGAAGUUUGAGAAACGUCACUCGAUACGAUCAUUUCACGUUGAGCGUUUAUAGUACCUUAAUAAAUAAUCAUGGCGAAACCAAUGCAAAAGGAGAGAGAAAACCGGUCUGCGGAAAAGAAAGACACCACCUUCCAUCCGUACACUAUCUCCCCUGAGAGUGCGCACACUUCGAUACUGCUAUUGGAAUCACCAGAACCGGAAAUACUAUGCCAGACCCUGCGAGCGAUAACAAAAUUCGCAGCACAAGAAAUGCAGAAUCGGCAAAUCUUGUUCAGUCUAGACGCAAUCAAGUUCAUUCUCCCGCAUGUGGAACACGUAGAGUUGAACAUCCGAAGGUUCGCUCUAAAAGCCUUGGCCCAGCUUUGCCAGUUGCCAAGAGGACCAGAACAAGUGCUCGCUAAUCCGCAGAAUUUGAGGAAGGUGGCGUAUAUGCUGGUUAAGAAUGAAGAUGUUUUCGUAUUAGAAUUCGCUUCUUUAGUUUUAUCCGAACUUACUCGAGAGCCUCUUGGGUGUGAACAACUAGUCACAGCGAAUAUAUUAGGCAGCUUGUUCUCUCGAAUGAAAAACAGUUUGGACCCCGAUGUUCAGAAGAAUUGUUUACAGACAUUAAGUAAUAUUCUGGAGGAUCCCAUAUGUGCGGCAGAAGUUACGAAGAACUCUCAGUUCAGCUGGCCCUCACUACUAGCCUUAAUGCAGAGCAAGUUCCUGGCGAUCCAACACGCGGCGCUCAAGACUGUCGAUCAGCUGAUCUGUAGAUAUCAGGACCAAGUAGUGCAGAAAACUUUCAGGGCGUCCACUGGGGUUUUGGAUUUGUGUGAUAUACUUGAGUCUUACGAAUUCCGUGACGUCCAUACGAAUGUGUUAGGCGUACUUCGCAACUAUGUGGAGACCGAAGAGAAUGCCUCACACCUGUAUCAGUCAGGGUGCAUACUGAGGCUCCUGGCGUAUUUAGAAAUGGCUCUGCCAGCGAUGAAGCCGCACUGCCUCGCAGUGCUCACGAAAAUGUCCUACACUGCUAAUGGAAGAGAUGCGCUGUUCGAAACGGAUACUGACCUGGUUUUCUGCCAUCAACUCCUCAGCUCCAACGUGGAGCUACUCGCUGAUGCAGCGAUGGGGGUUGCCAACAUGACGAAGCUUCUGUCUUCUGCCGUUCGGAUGUCUGACACCAAUAUAAUAGAAGCGCUGUGCGCUAUACUAGCCGACGACGCUGCGGUUUGGUUCUACAUCAGAAUCAAUUCGCUUCGGGCUCUAGCUGAGCUGUGCCGCAUCAUACCUAAAGCUGCCUUCACUGUGGUCGAGCCAAAAGCUUUUGCCUCGCUCAAGAAUAUUAAUAAAAAAUUCAAAGACACUCCUAUAGAGGCACAGAGACUGGCCGUGCAGUGUUACAUCAACCUGCUGAACUACCACGUCAGUCGCCGGGCGAUGCUUACUGGAGACUUCAUGCACGAACUCCUCGGCAUCCUACAGCGAACGGACACAAGUUUGAAGAUUAUGGCUUGUACCGUACUGACAGGUCUCAUGUGCGAAGAGGUGGCAAGAGACUUGUUCACUUCGAAGCGGGGCGAGGAGGUUGUAUCUAAAAACUUGCAAAUCGAGCACAUUGGGCUCCGCACCGCGCUGUGCACGGUGAUCUCAGCGAGUGUGUCUGAAGAUGGGGCAGACGUGUAUCUUGAUCUUGGAACAAUACACUAUAUGGUGGAAGAAAAGGAAGCAAGGUACAUGGUCGGUGCGUGGGAGCCGGCGUUAGAGGCAAUCUUCCGUCACCACCCAUCAGCUAAACUCGCCUACACUGGGAGGCUGGACAUUAAUGACUUCACUCAGGAAGGUUUCUACUGCCUCAAACGCCUGGACGACCGCUUCCCGACCAUAUCCGAGAUCAUGUGCCAAAAGCCUCCGUUCAACAACCCGGUAUUCAUGUGCAUGUUCCACCACCAGUACGACAGUUCUUCCGGUGUGGAUAUCCGGUCGGCACACGCACGAGAAUCGAAGCUGGCUAUGUCGCCGUCAGGAGCACGGAUGCGCUAUCCCCCGGCACCUGAUGACGUCAACUUGAGAUCUUAUCUCCUUAAGUUGCGACUAUGGUUUGGAGACCCAGCGAAGUCAUUGCAUUACUUUGAGAUUGACGAUGCACAUUACGAAGUUAGAUACCGCGAUAAAUGCGUGGAAGUGUCUACGUCAUUGAAGCAAAAGGCGCAGCUGUUGGCGGAGUACGUUGUGGAACAGAUGAGUGGGCUGACGCAGGAAAGGGACUGUUCUAUGCCCAGCGUUGAUCUACAUCUUGUUGACUUGAUGUUGGACCUGAAUUCUCCCAUCAUCGGUUUAGGCUACGUGAAGUGUGGCGGCGCUCUGGAACGUGCUUUACUGUAUAAAGUGUUGUCCGACCGCCUCGGCCUGCCGUGCGGCCUGUACAGGACUUCCAGCGCGCAUGCCUGGUGCGAGGUCGCGAUCCCGGAGGUGGAUCCCGAGGACGACCCUCAGAAAGAGGAGAACUUCCCCGCCGGCCUACUCCGUAACAACUACGUAGUGGACCUGACGAUCCGUCCGGGGCGCCUGCUGCCGUGCGGGUCGCGCGUCGCGCGCCUCGUGUGCGGGCCCGAGUGCUCGCCGCCAUACACGGCCAGGAACAUGCCCGACGUGUGUCGGUGUGAACAUUGAACGACGUUAAUGUUUUAUAAUAACUAUCGUGAGACUGAUUCAUUAUUAAAUUAUGCAACGGUUUUCUGAUGCGUAUUUAUCGGAAGUGCUCGACUACUUUCGGAUUCGACCAGUUCGAGUCACGACCCCGCCGCGUAAGCUCAUGAUUAAGGACUCCGGUUGGGUCCGAAACUAUAAUAGAGUGAGUAAACCGUUGCAUCAUUUAAUGACGUGUUAUAAUAUAUUAUGAUCCGGUAACACCAUACUACGAUGUUACCAUUUGUAAGUUUUUUGUGUAACGUUUUUAUGGCAAUACCAGUCGAUGCUAUAUCUGAUAUUGAAAGCCGAAAGGUAACUGACGAUCCGUCCUGGCAUUGAUCAGUCACGUAUACGUGGCCAGGAAAUUUGCAUGGCCGACGUUUGUACAUGAGCUAGGACAUCUAAAGUUAGAACAGUAGUCGGGCCUUUUUGAAAUGUGGCCAUUAUACACCGCAUAGAUUUUCAAACUAUUUUUUUUAAGAAAUCGAUUGAUUUCGAUUUUUUGCAGCGAGUUGUGUCAAAUCAUGUAUUUUCUUCUACUAUUUAUUAAAUAAAAAUAACAAAUUAACUAUUUCAAGAUAAUAAUUACCGGUCUAUAUUUAAUCAUGUUGACAAAUAUUAUUUUACUGUUUCGAAAUUACCUGCAUAAGUACAUUUGUGUUUUAUACAACGAUUCUAU